AUGUCUGAACUGGAGUGGGGCGAUAUCCCAAAAGAUAUAGGACUCCAUGUUGUGCAUUGGCUUGACUUUCCGGCGAGGUAAUUUCACAAUAUUUCACAAUUGAACUAUGAUUUCCGUUCUCAGACAAGCUCUCGCCAGAUGCUCCAAAGCUGACAGAGCCCUGGUGUCUGGUGCUCCGUGGAUGUUCCCUUGCUUCCGGUACUUGGUGAAUCGGGAUUCGAAAAAGGUAAAUUUCGUCAGCCAGUCACCACAAUCAGUCUUUUUCAGGGCAUGGAAGUGGAGCAUAGUUACCGGAUGGACAUAUUUGAAAAGAAUGAAAAUGGGACACUUGUGGAGAAAAAAUACAGAUUGGAAGAGGAGACGUAGUUAGAAUGAGACUUUUCUGUGAAUUUAGAUAUAUUCGCUCAUUUCAGACCAAGAUGGACGACGAAAUCAGAAACAGUCGUGGAAGAUUCAGAUUGGCAAGAAUUGGCCAGCGGUCGGCUCAAUGAGAUGCUCAAGAAUCAGCAUUAUCAAGUGGACGAGAUCGAAAUGGAUCUGGUGAGUCGAAUUUCGUGCUUAUUUUUCAAAAUGCAUUAUUUCAGCACUCAAAACCCCCCGUUUUCUCUCGCAUCGUCACAGUCAACGUCUUGAAAAUAAGCGCCGAAAUCCGGCCUAUCCCCCCAGAUCUUCUCAUCGAAAUGAUGAAAUCGAUCCGUCCGAGCAUAGAUUGGCUUCAGUUUCGGUUGGGUUUCAAAGUGCCGAAAGGGUUGGCCGAAUUGGAAUCGGUUGGAACCAUCGGUAUACUGAAAUAACGUUCAGUUGUGUUCAGGUGAAGAAGGCAAGAAGACUGGUUUUCUCGGAUGGCAGCACGGUUACGGACGAAGAGUUACUGGCUCUUGAGGCGCAUUUCUUGGAUAUUUACUCAUCACAAAUCACGAUAAACGGCAUCAACGUCUUCCUUCAUGUACUUUGCUAGUUUUGACCUGUAUCUGGAAUUUGUCUUUCAGAAAAGAUACGACUUGGGACAAGAAUGUGACUUCAGCAUUAAUGUGUCCGGAGAUGGACGUAUCGACAAGGGAUUCGAGUGUGUUCCGAGCGAUGACAGGCUUGAAAACAUUUUUCAAUCCACAUGUAACGAUCAAAAAUUCAGAAAUGAAUCCAUGUCAAAUUGGCCCAAAAAGUUCGUGCUGACCAAACCGGGAAGUGAGUUCGUUUGUUACCUGAACGAUUUGGAAGGGAACACCAUCCGAGGGACGAUUGCCAAACGCCAACUUGUUGUUUGA